CUUUUCUGGUUUGCAUGUUUGCAGAGUGUAAUUUGCAGCCUUCCACCAUGACAACAAAUAAUGGUUACCCAAUUGACAUCCAACCACAGAAAAAUGCAAUUAAUCCCGCCCCUCCUUUUAACCAGGGACCAGCCAUACCAGGCCAAGGUCAAGUGCCUGUGAUGCCAGUUCCACAAAGACCCGCUGGCUGCCCACCAGGACUGGAGUACCUGACCCAGAUUGAUCAACUUCUUGUACAGCAGAAAGUUGAGCUGGCAGAAGGUAAUGUUCUCGAAAUCCAGUCUCCACCGGGCAACCCGAUUGGAUACGUGAUCCAGAAUUGGCAUCCUUUCCUUCCCAAGUAUACCAUACUGAAUGAGAAGAAAGAAGCAGUUCUGAAGAUUGUGGGGCCGUUCUGUUCAUGCAGAUGCUGCGCUGAUGUGAACUUUGAUGUUUUGUCCGUGGACGAAUCAACAAAGGUGGGCAGAAUCGCUAAACAAUGGACAGGUCUGGUGAGAGAAGCUUUCACUGAUGCAGACAAUUUUGGAAUCUCCUUUCCUAUGGAUCUGGACGUGAAGAUCAAAGCUGCUCUUUUCGGAGCAUGUUUUCUCAUAGACUUCAUGUUCUUUGAACACAAUAAAUAACUUUAUUUUCCGGAUGUCAU